AUGGGGAGUCAUCAGUCAUCUUUUAUUAAACCAGCGCUAGCUAAUAUUUCAAUCAAUUCCUAUAAUCGUGAUCGUCAACAUCGAUCCUAUCAAAAAUCAAUAGCAGUAUGUUGUUCGGCGUCAAAAAUUCGACGACAAGCUAAUAAGACUUCGUUGAAAAAUGAUCACAGAAAAUUUUCAAUACCCGAAGAAUUUUAUGUCGAUGAUUUGUAUGAUAUUUAUAUGCAAAAACAUGCACUCGAUGAUUUGGUAUUUUCUACUGAAUUUCAAAGUAUUCCCAAUUUUGAAGAAUUACCAUCUACAUCAGCAACUCGUGAUAUUGUUGCUUCUAAAAAUCGUUUUGUUAAUAUUCUACCUAUUGAUGCAACUCGUGUCGUUCUUAAUCUACUCGACGAUGAUCCAGCUACGGAUUAUAUUAAUGGAAAUUAUAUAUCGGGAUACAAAUGUCCGAAUAAAUUUAUUGCAACUCAAGGUCCUAAACCUGAUACUUGUGAAGAUUUCUGGCGUAUGAUAUGGGAACUUAAACUUAAGUCAAUCGUAAUGUUAACAAAUAUUAUCGAAGGCGCAUCAAGAAUGGUAAAUAUUAUCAUUGUUUUCUGUUCAAUACACUGA